AUGCAGGGCUGGCUGGGAGCGCUGGCGCUGCGGUGCGCGCUGGGGCUGAGCCGCGGGCUGCGGCGCCCGGGCGUCCCCGCGUCCCCGCGCUGCUACAGCGCCGGGGAGCUGCAGGGCGCCGAGGCCCCCGCGCACCUCGGGGGCCGCACCGGGGGCUUCGGCGGCGGCAUCGCGGCCCUCACGCGCAUCCCUGCCCGCAGCAUCGACGAGGACGAGGACCGGUACCCGCGGAAACUCGCCUUCGCCGAGUGCCUGUGCCGCGGCUGCGUGGACGUGAAGACGGGCCGCGAGACCACGGCGCUCAACUCGGUCGCCAUCCACCAGACCAUGAUGGUCCUGCGGCGCAAGCCCUGCCCCGGCCCCGGCGGCCACGGGCUCUUCACCUUCGAGGUGGACUACAUCAGGGUGGCCGUGGGCUGCACGUGCGUCCUGCCCCGCACGGACGGCUGA